CGAAUUUUGGCACCAAGUGAGGCAGACAUGAGGGUUCCUGUGCUGAUAUUGUGUGUGCUGGGCUAUGCCUGUGCCGGCCCCAUUGCACAGGAGGAAUCUGUGCUAAGGGUCUUCGUGAAUAACUUUGUGAACUGCAUCAAUAGUGACUUAAGCCUGUGUUUGAAGGAGCACGCACUCAAAGCGACGGAAAGAUUGAGCGCGGCACGGAAACUCGACCUGGUUGAAGGUGUGACCCUCAUCAACAAUGAGCCUCGUGAAGCCAAGAGCCUGGACAUCCUGUCUUCGGACCCUAAGGAGAGGAACCAGCAGAUCACUGAGCGGCUUUGGACAACCACGUCAGAGCUGCUGAGGAAGAGUGACUUGGAGGUCAGCUUUGCUGAUGAUGCGGCUGACGAGAAGGAAUCCAGAGCCAUCGAUGACGUUGAAGAAAGCCGCGGCAAAAAGAAGAAGCUCAAGAAGAAGUUGAAGUUGCUUCUUCCCCUCGCCAUCCUCGGUAAGAUCAAGGCCAUCAUCCUGAUCGUUGGAGCCUUAUUGGUCAUCGCCGCCUCCGUCUUCAAGAUUGCUCUGCUAGCCAAGCUUGCCUUCGUCGCCAAGAUCAUAGCUAUCAUCAAAGCGCUGAUAGCCAAGAAGUCCUCUCAUCAUGUCGAGGAAGUCUGGGCCAGUCCAGCCUAUGAGGAGCACGGCCAUGGACAAGGUGGAUGGGAGUCCAACGGCUGGUCCAGGUCAAGGAACGAAGCGUCCAACCUGGCCUACUCGGCAUACAACCAGUAA